AAGCAACACUUUUCCUUCCUUCCUUCCCCCUUUCUCCACCAAGCCUUGUUUUUCUUUGUUAAUAACUUCCAUCCCUUCUGCACCCAACCACCACAACUUCAAAAAACUCUCUCUCUUUCUCUCUUUCUCUCUCUUUCUCUUUCUCUCUCUUUCUCUUUCUAUUCUCUUUCCAGGAAGUGGAAAUAGUGGUGGUGUUGAAAAAGCAACAACACAAAAGAGAACUGGAGACGAGAAAAGAAAGAAAUCCCAUCUUCAUCCAUCAACAAUGGAAUUCAUCUCAAAAAGUUGGCAAGAAAUAGAAAACAAUAACAAUCAGAACAGCCCGAGACCCGCCGCAAUUCCCAGCCCCAGAUCUGACCCAAACAAUCCUUACCCAACAACCUUCGUCCAAGCCGACACCUCCAACUUCAAACAAGUCGUCCAAAUGCUCACCGGCACCGCCUCCAAUUGCUCAUCAUCAUCCUCCUCUGAGACAUUUAAACAAACACCUUCCAGGCAAAUUCCCCCUAAAAAACAAGGAUUCAAGCUUUACGAACGCCGAAACAUUAACAUCAACAACAACAGGCAGCUCAUGAUUAACACUUUGUUGUCGUCGACGCACAAGCAGUCAUCUUCUUCUCCGCCGGAGAUCCUGUCGCCGAGCGUGCUGGACUUCCCGUCGCUGACGCUGCUGAGCCCGGUGACGCCGCUGACGAACGACGUCGUCGGCGAAGACAAGUCUACGUCGGAGGAGGAGGAGGAAGAGAUCAGCAGGGCUAUCGCCGAGAAAGGGUUUUUCUUGCAUCCAUCGCCGAGGGCCGCCGAGCAGUAUGGAAUUUUGAAUUAUCCUCAUCUUAAUAUACCACCACCAUCUCAGGCAAAUAAUUGA